AUGGAGAAAGAACUAUUGAAAUAUUCUGAUGGUAAAAACAGUCGAUUAAAAGCAUUAUUUGGAGUUCUUGCUGGUAUUGUAUUAGGUGCUGCUAUCUUUCUGGCUAUGUACUAUAGUUUCCAUUAUGAUAUAUUGGUAUCAUCUAUUAUAACAGGCGUAUCAACCAUUCUACUAGCUAUAGGUCUUGCAAUAUCUACAAGAUGCAGAUGUAUUGUGUUGCUGGUAUUUCCUAGUCUAGCUACUGGCAAAGGUAGAGCAGCUUUCUUGUUUAUUAUAACUGGCUUGUUAUUAAUGGGACCUAUUACUAAUAUUACCAAUAACUCGAGCCAAGUUGCUAUCAGUAUGGCUUGUAUAACAGAGUUAGCUUAUAAUCAAAGUCAAGCCCUGCAGGAUAGACUACAAGAACCAGUCAGAUCAUUACGGGAACAGAUCCAGAGAGGAGUCAGUGAAGUAACAAAAUAUGGUGAAGAACUAGAUAAAGCAUUUAAGGUAUUGGAAGAUGGAAUUGACAAAGCAGAAAAAACAGCCAGUAUUGCUCUCGACACUGUGAAGGAUUUAAAAAAUAAAUGUGAAGGAAGAGUAAAUUCUGGUUUUAGUAAAUGCCAAAGAGAUUCAAGAAGAAUACAAGCAGAUUGUAAGAAGGUGUUAGAUCCUAUUUCAGAUACUGUUUCAAAAGGUGUCAAUGGUUUCGUCAGAGGUGUAUCUAGAGUAUUUGGUAAAAGACGUCGACGAAGAAGAUCGUUUUAUUCAAGUACCCGUCCUACACUGCUUAAAAGGAGAAAACGUGGUGUCUGUGAUGUAUUUAAUGUGGGUGAUACGAUCUGUGGUGGAUUUAAGUACCUCGGAGUUUGUAAUGUUGUCACGAUACCUGGAAAUUUGGUUUCAGGAAUAUUUAAUGGUAUCAGAUCUGUUAUAGAUGCUUACUCUAAUUUAUUUGAAGUUGGUGUCAGAAAUUCGGGGAAUAUAGAUAGCAAUGCCAAUUCUUCGCAAUCUGCUGCCCAGAUUGUUGAUAAUGUAAGAUCUGAGUUGACAGACAAGUUAGACAUGGCCACAUAUUUUAUUACAAUAUUAACACGUAUCAUGUCAACAUCUAUUGUCUUGUUGAUUAUCAAUGCUUUUCUUUAUGAUAAGCGCUAUAAGUCUAAGCUUUCAUUUGAUAACCUUUAUAUAACGCGAUACUUUAAAGAAAUUGAUGGUAAGAGGAGAGCUGAGCACAAGAAAUCUAUUCUUCCACUCAAAAAGAACGAGAGAAAAAUGUAUACAGACACCAGAGCUAUUAAAUUGUCAGUAGCAGAAAAGGUUAAAUGUAAGAUGGGAAUAGCCCAAGUUCUGUUACAUUCCGUCAUUACGAUCAUGGUGAUAUUAUUUGACUAUCUUCUACAUUUUACUCUAUAUCUUCUCAACAAACAUGGUGACGUUCGCCUAACGUUUACUGGUGAAUCAAAUGUCAAUAUUCAGAUUACAGGUUCUGGACUGAUGGCUCAGUUAUUUAAAAUAUUAGCCAAUGAUAUAUCUAUAGCACAAGCGUAUAAUUCUACAAUAAAUAUAGAUGUCUGUCUACCACAACCUACAGAACCAGAUCAAUCUCAGAUUUUCUUAUUUGCUGUCUUGUAUGUUGUUGCUUUGUUUUUUGUCAUAAUGCAGGGUUAUGGACAAAGACUGCUUCAUGCCAUUGCUGCUUAUUUCUACCCAGAGCGAGAACAACAAAGAGUCAAUUAUCUCUAUCGUAAAAUACUUGUUAAGAGGAAAACAUUUAUUUUGGAAGCAAAACAACUUAUAUUGUCCAAUACUGUUGAUGAUGAACGGAAAUCAAGCUCCAAAUUACCGAAAUGUUUUAAAAGAUUACCAUGUUGUAGAAACAAUUCUGUUCAGACUUGUACAAAUUGUGAGGAGCAUUUGUGA